AUGACUUGGGUGAACCAAACACUAUCAACAGAGUUUGUAUUCCUAGCUUAUCCUACACACCCAGAGCUGCAGGUCUUGGUUUUCUUGGGGAUCAGUCUAGUCUACACCAUGAUCCUCACAGGAAAUAUCCUUAUAGUGGCUGCCAUUCAGAUGGAAGCCCGUCUCCACACACCAAUGUACUACUUCCUAGGCAGUCUGUCCAUUGUGGAGAUCUGGUACACUGCAACAGUGGUUCCCCACAUCCUGGUGAACACCAUGAAGAGGCAUAAAGCCAUUACAUUUCUGGGUUGUGCUACCCAGAUGCUAUUUUUCAUUGGGCUUGGUAGCACUGACUGCUUCCUAUUGGCUGUUAUGGCCUAUGACCGCUACGUGGCAAUCUGCUAUCCCCUACAGUACCCCUUGAUCAUGACUCAGAAGCUCUGUGUCAACCUGGUGGUGGCCUCCAUAGCCAUUGGUUUCAUCCUAUCCUUACAGCUGGUGGCCUUUAUCUUCUGCUUGCCUUUUUGCCAUUCCAGAAGCAUUGAGCACUUCUUCUGUGAUGUACCCCCAGUGAUGCGACUGACCUGCACCCGCAGCCGUCUCCCUGAGCUCUCAGUGCUGGUGGCAGGCACACUGGCCAUCGCCUUCCCCUUUCUCCUCAUUGCUAUUUCCUAUGCCCUCAUUACGAUUGCCAUAUUGGGCAUCCAUUCAACAUCAGGCCGCCGCCGGGCUUUCUCUACCUGCUCCUCCCACCUCAUGGUGGUCCUCCUACAGUAUGGUUGCUGCAUGUUCAUGUACCUUCGGCCAAACUCGAGCUAUUCCCCCAAGAAGGACCAGUUGCUUUCACUGGUGUAUACACUAGGUACUCCUCUUCUCAACCCCAUAAUUUACACACUAAGGAAUAGUGAGAUGAAAGGGGCCCUGACAAAAGUACUCACAAGAAAUGUCUUCUCCAAGAAAAGCUGUCUCUAG